AUGUCGGAUUUCGGGCAAAACCUCAAACCGGGAGAUACGAGCCUUGGGAGCAGAAAAUCCUUCUGGAACUUUCAAGCAACAUCUCUCACCAAGACUUCAGUUUGCACUUCACACUACAAACUGCAAGCUCUUAACUUUUUUAGAUUGACAUCCCAGCACCCACCACCGCCCCCUCGGUCACCCUCAGAUCCCCCCCACCCUGACCCCUGUCUCUGGGAGGUUCUGAGACAGAGCGGGGGGCCUGUGGCCUGUGGCCUGUGGGGCGCGGGGUGGAUUUGGGACCCCUGCCACAGAGCCAGCCGCGUGCAGCAGGAGGGGGGCUGCACGCUCUGCCAACCCAACAGAGGUCGAGGAGGAGGAGGAGCUCCAGGGACCGGCCCCCAGACCAACGCCCACCCCUCGCCGGCCCGAUUGUGCUACCAACUAAUAAACAUGGAGUCUCUGACGCCUUAUCACACGGCCCACAGCGCCUCCAGGGUGGGCAUGUUCAACACCGCCAUGGGGAAACUCCAGCGACAACUGCGCAAGGGAGAAUAUGACCUUUUUAAAUACGCACCCAUGCUCGAAAGCGACUUUGUGCAGGUCACCAAAAGAGGGGAAGUCGUCGACGUGCACAACCGAGUCCGAAUGAUGACCGUGGGCAUCGCAUCCACCAGCCCCAUCCUCCCGCUCCCAGAUGUCCUGCUGCUGGCCCGCCCGGCCACCGGCUGUGAACAGUACUCCGACCAGGGCCAGGCCACCAAGGGAAAAGGCCGCAAGGCUUCCACGACCCUGGAGCUCACCAGGCUCCUUCCCUUGAAGUUUGUGAGGCUUUCUGUUCACGACCGGGAAAAACAAAUGCUUCGCCUCAAAUUCGCCACCGGCCGCUCCUGCUACCUGCAGCUGAGCCCCCCACUGGAUGCACAGGAAGACCUCUUCCCCUACUGGGAGAGCAUUAUCCAAGUACUGAGGCCGCCGCCGGUGCCCACUCACAGCAGAACCGACGCCGCUCGAGCAGAGGACAUGCUGGACAUGCCUCUGCUGGAGGACGACGACGGGAGGAACGCAGCAGGCUCAGAUUUCGAAAUAGAUCAGGACCAGGUCAGUGUCAGGAGCCUCCACGAGGGCUCUGAGGUGGCCGGGGCCACCUCUGCAGCUUUUGCUGGCGGGGAAGAGACCUUUCAGGACCCCCCAAAACCCAACAGCGUGCCCACUGUCGCUGCCCCCAACUGCCCGGGGCUCUACAGGGAGUCGGCAGCAGGGGCCACGACCGAGGCGGCGGCCGCCGGGGAGGCCGCGGCAGCCGCGGCAGUGGCGGCGGCAGGGACAGCAGCAGAGUUCGCAGCGGGGGAGGCCGGCAGAUGCCUGGCGUUCGCCGGGCCCGGAGCUGCCGGCAAGCCUGCGGGAGAAGCCGCUCGGGACGCGUCGGAAGGCCAGCUCCUCUCGGACGCGCCGAGCUCGGCGGGCAGUGGGGAGCCGGCGGGAAGGCCGCCCCGCAAGCGCCGGGAGGAGGAGCGAGCCCCCCGCAGUUCCCGCCACCGCAGGGCCGCCGACAGCCGCCACAAGGCCCCGGGGCACAAGAUCACCCCGGCGGACUCCAGCCGCUUUAGGCCCACAGCCGCGCGGGAGCCAAGGAGGACAAGGGCCAGCAGCCCGCGCGGCAGGCGCGCCCCCGACGAAGGCAUCAGCCACGCCCCCAGCGCCAAGGACUCCGGGACCUCCCACAAGUCGGGGCGGAGCCUCUCCGCCGGCAGGUCGGGCUCAGGCACCAAGAUGCUGGGCAGGAUCCGCGGGUUCCUGAGGAACCUGAGAGUCAGCCUCACUGUGAGGCGCGCGGCCUCCCCACACCGCAGAGACGUGGCCAUGGGGGAGAAGACUGCGGACACGAGCGGUGUGGUGGAGGCCAUCGCCCAGGCGGCGGCGAGCAGCCAGGGCUUGGAGAGCGCAGGGAGCCGGACAUCUGAGGUCAUGGAGGGAUGGAACUUCCUAGGCCCAGAUAUUGGGCAGCUGGGGGACCUCUCCCAGGAGACAUUAAAAAAAAAAUAAAACAUU